AUGGACCCAAACAUUUUCAAUGUUGAUAAUAACAACAGUGAAAACGUUGAUUACAACAGUGAAACUGAUGAUUACAACGGGAUCGCAGGUAAUGACAGUUUGCUCUCUAAUGUUGGAGAAGAUGAAGAUGAAGAUUCAGAGGAUUUCAAUGGUGGUGGUCCAGACACAUACUUUGACAGCGAGGAUGAAGGGCUCAACUUGGUCCGCGUAAAGGAAGAGGUAAAUACUCCUGAUCACUUUGAGGAAUACGAAGAGGAUCCUUUGACGGAUGAAUAUGAACAUGAGCAUGAUGUGACAGAUGAAGAUGAAGCUAGAGGAGGAAUGAACGAGGAGAGAUUUACACAUGAACAAUUUUUACAAGGUCCUAUUGAAGGGAUGACAUUUGGAAGUAAAGAUUCAAUGUUUUCAUUUUACAGAGAGCACGCCAGAUUGAAAGGGUUUGGUGUGGUGAAAAAAACAGCGUUAAAAAAACGUUGUGAUUUUGUUAAUUAUGUUGUCUAUGCUUGUGAUAGGUCAAGGAAAGGACAACAAAAGAAAUCGAGCAAAAGGAUUGAAUGUAAAGCUCGUGUUAAUGCUGUUGUGAUGGUUGAUGGAUCAUCAUGGCGUGUCACUAGGGUUGAAAGUGAGUAUAAUCAUGUGUUGGAUGCUAGACUAUCACGAUUUAUGCCCUCACACAGGGAAAUGAGCAGGAGUUUGAAGAGGCAGCUUGUUGCUCACGACAUUGCAUGUUUGAGACCUUCAAAGAGCAUAAGACUCUUGGAAGUUGAAGCUGGUGGUCCUGAGAAUUUGGGAUGUACCCCCAAGGACUGCAGAAAUUACAUUUUGCGGAAGAGGAGGUUGAGAACCUUGUCCACUGAUGCAGAAGCAAUAAACAGAUUUUUUUUUGACAUGCAGAUUAAGGAUAGGGAGUUUUUCUAUGCAGUAGACCACGAUAAUUCUGGCAGGCUACGUAACUGUGUAUGGGUUCGUACACAUUCUAAGUAUGCAUAUCUUGAAUUUUGUGAAGUGAUAUAUUUUGACACUACCUACCUUGUGAAUCAAUGGCGCAUGCCGUUUGCUUCAUUCAUUGGUGUGAAUCAACACCGGCAGUCCAUACUUCUUGGAUGUGCUUUGAUUACAAACGAGGAUGCUAACACUUAUAAAUAUGUCUUCUCUACUUGUCUUAGAGCCAUGAAUGGUGAGGCAUUUAUUCAAAAAUAUGAGUUACAAAACAGAAGAUGGUUCUCUAAUUUGUUUUUGGAAAGGGAGAAGUGGGUUCCUGUAUACCUAAAGCACUAUUUUUGGGCUGGUUUGCUGUCCACACAAAGGUGUGAGGGUAUGCAUGCUUUCUUUGAUGGCUAUAUCAGUGGUUCUAGCACACUAAAGCAGUUUGUUGAGCAAUACGAGAUAGCCUUGAGAGCAAAAUUUGAUAAAGAGUUAACUUCUAAAUUUAAUUCUAGGUAUACAGAAGCAAAAGUUUUAUCUGGAUUCAUGUGGGAGGAACAAAUACAAACUCAUUACACUCGUACAAUAUAUGAUCUUUUCAUGGACCAGGUAGCGAAAAAGUAUCACUGUGAAAUGAGCAAUCAUGAAAAUGCUGAAGUGGUGGAAGCUGUGGAGAAGUUCGACGUUGCAGAUUAUUCAAUUAAGAAUGAUUUUCAUGGCAAUGUAUUUGUGUUCUUGGUGGAAUACAGAACAAACAGUGAAUAUUUGGAAUGCAAUUGCAAACACUUUGAAUCUACUUAUAUUUUGUGUUGCCAUAUACUAGAAGUUAUGUCAAGAAAGAGGAUUGACAUAAUCCCUGAUUGGUAUAUAAUUAGAAGGUGGAGAAGAGAUGUUGUUCGUCCACACUUGAGGAAAUUCUUUUCGGGUGGCUACCCAACCAUGACUGAUGAGUUCAAAAGUGAAGUGAAAAUUAGAGACUUUAAAAAUGUAAUGCAAGCCAGACUGGCUGCCUAUUUAGAUUGGGAUGAUGAUAUGCUAGUGCCAGAUGUUGGGGGAGAUGAUUCAGACGAUGAUAAUUUCACAUACAUAAGAAACCCAAGAGAGACUCGUCCACGUGGAAGGCCACCAAUUAAUAGACGUAGAGGAGGAUGUGAAAACGUCUUUAGGCGAGGGGGUGGGCCAGGGUAUAGGGCUAGAUGUGCACCUAAUGCCAAUGAAAAUAAUGAGAAUUGA